AUGGCUAUGAUGGCGGAAGAGAAGCAAGCAAAUCGAAACAAUGAGUCGUCUUUCAAAAAGAUGACCUUUGGCAAAAAGGUUCAACACAUUUAUGGUCUCAUAACACUCGAACCUUUGAUCAUUUGUUUUUUGCUGUCAAGUACGGUGUUAGAAUUGACAGUGCAGAAUUUAAACUUAGAAAAAGCGUGCCUUGUGAAUUUGAACUAUAAUCAAACGGUUUGUGAUGCACUUCGUGUACGGGACACAGCAAACUAUACCAACGAAGAAAAGGCGGUUCAGAAACUCGUUUCCCAAAUGACGGGAUGGAAAGCGGUAUUAAUCAGUGCAUUGUCAUGCUUACUGAUUUUAUUUUUUGGAUCUUGGAGUGAUCGACAUGGAAAACGAAAACCUUGCAUCCUAAUUCCACUAUGCGGAGACAUAUUGAUGGCUUUCUUGCUGUUGUUGUGUGUUUAUUUCGACAAAACACCCAUCGAAUUAGCGAUAUUUGUACAAGUUUUCUUCCCAGCCAUAUCAGGAAGCAAUUUCACAAUGAUGGCGGGUGUCUUUAGUUACAUAGCCGAUAUUACUAAUGAAAAAGAACGAACGUUUCGCAUUGGAAUUAUUACUUUGGUUAAUUCCAUUAGUGUUCCUUUCGGGAUGGCAAUGAGCGGAGUUUUGCUAAAGAGAAUCGGAUUUUAUGGAGUGUUUUCAAUGGCUGGCACAAUGUACAUAAUUGCAUUGCUUUAUGGCAUCUUCGUAGUGAAAGAAGUUCCGCCAAAGGAGAAGAAUGAUCAAAUGAUCAAAAAAUCAUUUUUGGCUGAUUUCUUUGAUUUUGGCCAUAUCAAAGAGAUAUUCCUAGUGGCAUUCAAAGCCAAUGUUAGAAAUCGUCUUACCAAAAUUUUAGCAAUAAUGGCAAUUAUUAUAAUCACCGUAGGACCCCUAUAUGGUGAAAUGCCGAUAUUUUAUUUGUUCACGCGUUACAAGUUUCACUGGACUGAGGAGGAGUUUGGCUUUUAUUCGACAUUCAACAUGGCCUUGCAUUUGGUUGGAACUGCUUUUGCUGUCGGCAUAUUAUCGAGCAGGUUGAAAGUGGAUGAUGCAUUAAUCGGAGCAGUGACUAUUCUUACAAAGGUCCCAUCGAGUUUUGUGUAUGCAUUUUCACAAGUUGGAUGGCACAUGUAUAUCGGACCGGUGGUUGAGCUAACCUGUGGUGCUGCAAUUAUUGCAAUGCGUUCGUUGGCGUCGAAAACCGUACCAAGCAAUGAAAUAGGCCAGGUCAACUCACUCUUUGGAAUUGUUGGAUCGAUUUCACCGCUUGUUUAUUCGCCAAUUUUGGUCGCCAUUUAUUCAGCCACAAUAUCAAAAAUGCCGGGCGCAUUCUUCUUAUUCGGUGGAUUUAUGUCCAUCCCUGGAGCAUUACUUUUUAUAUGGAUUUAUAUGAUAAAUCGUGCCGAGGCAAAAGAGAGAGAAGCCGCCGCUGAUGAACAAAAAGCAGUCAAUGAAAAGCUGUGCGUGAUGUAUUUACGUAAUGAGGACCUGUCUAUGAUAUCUAGCUGCGUUUAUGGAACAAUUGUUUACAUUAAUACCGUAUUGUUUUUGUGUCUUUAUUUUUUGCCCAAAAGUAUGGCUAUGAUGGCGGCAGAGAAGAAAGCAAACCAAGACAAUGAAACAUCUUUCAAAAAGAUUACCUUUGGCAAAAAGGUUCAACACAUUUGUAGUUACAUAACACUCGAGCCGUUGAUCAUUUGUUUUUUGCUACCAAGUGCGCUGUUAGGGUUAACUGUGGAGAAUUUUAAUUUAGAAAAAGCGUGCCUUGUGAAUUUGAACUAUAAUCAAACGGUUUGUGAUGCACUUCGUGUACGGGACACAGCAAAUUACACUAACGAAGAAGUGGCAGUUCAAAAACUCAUUUCGGAAAUGACGCAAUGGAGAGCGGCAUUUGCCAGUUCUAUACCGUGCUUACUGAUCCUAUUAUUUGGAUCUUGGAGUGAUCGACAUGGAAAGCGGAAACCUUGCAUCUUAAUUCCACUAUGCGGAGACAUAUUGAUGGUAUUCUUGCUGUUGUUGUGUGUUUAUUUCGACAAAACACCCAUCGAAUUGACGAUUUUUGUACAAGUUUUCUUUCCGGCUAUAACAGGAAGCAGUGUGACAAUGAUGGUGGGUGUCUUUAGUUACAUGACCGAUAUCACAAACGAAAAAGAACGAACGUUGCGCAUCGGACUUACUACUUUGAUUUGUGCCGUGAGUGUUCCUGUCGGAAGUUUAAUAAGCGGGGUUUUGCCCAAGAUAAUUGGUUUCUAUGGAGUGUUUUCAUUGGUUGGCACAUUGCACACAAUGGCUUUGCUUUAUGGCAUCUUUGUAGUGAAAGAAGUUCCGCCAAAGGAGAAGAAUAAUAAAAUUAUCAAAAAAUCAUUUUUGGUCGAUUUCUUUGAUUUUGGCCACAUCAAAGAGACAUUUUUUGUGGCAUUUAAGAAGCGUGAUAAAAAUCGUCGCACGAAAAUAUUGGCAAUAAUCGCAUUCCUUGUUAUCGCCGUAGGACCACAAAAUGGUGAAGCGCGGUUAUUUUACUAUUUUACGCGAUUCCAGCUCAAUUGGUCUGAGCAAGAGUAUGGCUUCUUUUCGACAUACAGCAUGGCCUUGAAUUUGGUCGGAACUAGUUUAGCCAUCGGCAUAUUGUCGAGUUUCUUGAAAUUGGAUGAUGCAUUAAUCGGAGCAGUGACUAUUCUUACAAAGGUCCCAUCGAGUUUUGUGUAUGCAUUUUCACAAGUUGGAUGGCAUAUGUAUAUCGGACCGGUGGUUGAGCUAACCUGUGGCGCUGCAACUAUUGCGAUGCGUUCGUUGGCUUCGAAAACUGUACCAAGCAAUGAAAUAGGCAAGAUUAACUCGCUUUUUGGAAUCAUUGAAGCGUUGCUAUCCCUUGCUUAUUCGCCCAUUUUUCACGCCAUUUAUACGGCCACUCUAACAAAAAUGCCGGGCGCAUUCUUCUUAUUCGGUGGAUUUAUGUCCAUCCCUGGAGCAUUACUCUUCAUAUGGAUUUACAUGAUAAAUCGGGCCGAAGCAAAAGACAAUAUAGCCGCUGAUGAACAAAAAGCGACAAAUGUAAAGCUGCGCGAUAUGUACUUACAAAAUGAGGACCUGUCUAUGAUAUCUGAGAUGAAAGACUAG